CCUAGCACUUCGAUUCCGGCUUGUCGUCGGUCUUCGGCUGCCGCCUCCACUCGUCAUGGACCCUAACUGCUCCUGUGCCACAGAUGGAUCCUGCCCCUGUUCCGGGUCUUGCAAAUGCAAAGAGUGCAAAUGCACCUCCUGCAAGAAAAGCUGCUGCUCCUGUUGCCCGGUGGGCUGUGCGAAGUGCUCCCAGGGUUGCAUCUGCAAAGAGGCUUUGGACAAGCGCAGCUGCUGCACCUGAAGUGGGACCCCCUCAGCUGCGUGUAAAUAGAGCAAUGUGUAGAAACGUCGUUUUUUUACAACCCUGGCCUAUUCUCCACACCUGUCUAUGAAAGCAUGUAACUGAUAAUAAAAAGCAUUGACUUAAAAAA